AUGGAAGAUGGCUACAAAAAUAGCUCUAAUUUUUAUCAAGGAGCACGGGAUAUAGCACGAGAAGUGAAAAGACAAACAAGUAACCAAGCCAUGGAUUAUUACCAAAAUAAUACAUACGGGGGUUAUUCAUCCAAUGAUGGUUAUUAUACUAGUGGAGAUCCUGGCAAUCAGGAUGACGAUGCUCAGAGUGAUGCCACAGAAGGACAUGAUGAAGAUGAUGAGAUAUAUGAAGGAGAAUAUCAGGGUAUACCACACCCUGAUGAUAUCAGGGCUCAACAUAAGGACACAGCCAUGACAGAUGAAUUUAGAGACCAUGCCGAUAUCAUGGCAGAGAGGAAGGAGGAUGAGGAGCAGUUGGCCUACCAGUAUGAGAAUAUCAUUCAGGAAUGUGGCCAUGGACGCUUCCAGUGGACUCUUUUCUUUGUUUUAGGGCUUGCCUUGAUGGCUGAUGGAGUAGAAGUCUUUGUUGUAGGAUUUGUGCUCCCCAGUGCAGAAAAAGACAUGUGUUUAUCACGGUCGAACAAAGGCAUGCUGGGAUUAAUAGUGUACCUUGGGAUGAUGCUUGGUGCAUUUGUUUGGGGAGGUUUGGCAGACAAACUAGGGAGGAAGAAAUGUCUCAUCAUAUCGCUGGCCAUCAAUGCUGCCUUUUCAUUCCUGUCCUCAUUUGUUCAGGGAUAUGGGUUCUUCCUUUUCUGCCGCCUUAUUUCUGGAUUUGGAAUUGGGGGAUCCCUUCCCAUUGUGUUUGCCUACUUCUCUGAAUUCCUAGCCCGUGAGAAGAGAGGGGAGCACUUGAGCUGGCUUUGUAUGUUUUGGAUGCUUGGAGCACUCUAUGCCUCAGCAAUGGCUUGGAGCAUCAUCCCUCACUAUGGAUGGGGAUUCAGUAUGGGAAAACAUUACCAUUUCCACAGCUGGAGAGUGUUCGUGGUUGUAUGUGUGCUCCCUUGCAUAGCUUCAAUCAUUGCCCUAAAGUUUAUGCCAGAAAGUCCUCGCUUCUUAUUGGAGACUGGUAAACAUGAUGAAGCCUGGAUGAUACUAAAGAAGGUUCAUGACACUAACAUGAGAGCCAAGGGGGAGCCAGAGAAGGUUUUUACAGUCUCUCAUAUUAAAACACCAAAACAAGUUGAUGAAUUUAUUGAAAUUCAAAGCUCCACUGGGACGUGGUUUCAGCGCUGGUUCGUUAGGCUCAUGACAGUUGUCAAGCAGGUUUGGGACAGCAUGCUGUUCUGCUUUGCUGGCCAGUACAGGAAGAACACAAUAUUUCUGGCAGUGGUUUGGUUUACAAUGUCCUUAAGCUACUAUGGUCUCACGGUCUGGUUCCCUGAUACAAUCCGCUACUUACAAGAAGAAGAGUAUGCCAGUAGAGUGAAAAAGUUUGAGGAUGAACAUGUCAAGGAUUUUGUAUUCAAUUUUACACUUGAAAACCAAAUACACAUUGAUGGGACCUAUUACAAUGAUAAGUUCUAUAAGAUGAAAUUUAAAUAUGUCACUUUUGAGGACUGUGUCUUUGAUGAAUGCUACUUUGAAGAUGUCACUUCAACGGGCACCAUCUUUAAAAACUGCACCAUAAAAUCUUCAUUUUUCCACAACACAGAUCUUCGUGAGCACAGAUUCAUCGACUGCACUUUAAUUAAUAACACAUUCUCCAAUCAUAAGGAGGACUGUGAUAUUGACUUUGAUGAAGAUAAUGAUUUCCUGAUUUACCUGGUCAGUUUUCUUGGAAGUUUGUCCGUUUUACCUGGAAAUAUUAUUUCUGCUCUACUUAUGGACAAAAUUGGAAGGAUAAGAAUGAUUGCUGGGUCCAUGCUGAUCUCUGCAGUUUGUUGCUUCUUCCUCUUCUUUGGUAACAGUGAGUCUGCAAUGAUCGGCUGGCAGUGCCUAUUCUGCGGGACCAGCAUAGCGGCAUGGAACGCUCUGGAUGUUAUCACUGUGGAGCUUUACCCUACAAAUAAAAGGGCAACUGCAUUUGGGAUCCUAAAUGGCCUGUGCAAGUUGGCUGCCAUUUUUGGAAACUCCAUUUUUGCAUCUUUCGUUGGAAUAACAAAAGUGGUUCCAAUUCUCAUCGCAUCCACUGCCCUCGUUGGCGGAGGCCUUAUAUCUUUUCGACUACCUGAAACCCGAGAACUUGUCCUCAUGUAGGCAUAAACUACUGAGACUCCCUAAAGAAGGACACGGUAUAUGAAGAUGUUCUAUUAUUGAAGGACCUGUCU